AUGCGGAGAAAGAGUACUUCUUGGUCUUUGUAAAUUAUAACUCGCCGUCGUUCCGUCGUUAUUGUUUUGUGAUUGCUGAUCAUCAUGAAGUGCGUUGAAUUAACGAAGACCUCGGCUCCGACCAAUGUCAAAGAUGUCGUCGAACGGCGUUUUGAAAAGUUGUCUGCCCGGAACGCUUUUGAGAAAUUCGCAAAGAUUUUGGAAAGUCGCGAUGGAUAUCGUGGAGAAACUCCAAGGAAAAAUGUUGGCGAUAGAGUCGCCACUCUGGGCUCGGAUGGGGAGAUUUAUUGCGACGACGAUAACGGCAUCUUCUCGGCCGUGUUGGUAGCCUACAAUAACCACUGGAAGUUGAGAACCUCGCCAGAUGAUUGGUGGUUCUGUGUCGUUAAGAAAGUUUCCUUGGCCAUUGAUAAAAAUGCCGAAGAUCAAGCAGUGCGCAAUCUGUUUGUUGAACACGAAGGAAAGAAGAAUCUGACUGUUGAUGUUGACACACCGUACAUAUACGAUGUCGAUUAUAGCAAAUUCCUCCAGAAGAUGUCCAAAGAAAUCUCCAAAAAUGUGAAAGUACCGGAAUUCCUGGACACAGUCACAGCUGAUUUUACGAGCACAACGCCAACCAUGAAAAUCGUGUCCCAAAUUAGUAUCAUGUCAUCUUUACAGCAGUAUUUUAGAUACGGCAUGAGGACUAGGUGUGGUAUACCUGCCAUUGAAAUGCUGGGAAGUGAAAGGGACUGGGAAAGACUGGUAGAGAAACUUCAAGCAUUGAGAAAGAUCUUGGAACCGAUAAGCCAUAGAAUUGGUUUGACUUCUGAUUGGUGGUCACAUGCGGAAAAAGUGUUUACAGAAUUGUUGAAAACCUAUAGAGGUUCUCCAGAUGAGGAGUGGUGGGAUAAGAUCAUUGAAUACAAGGGCGGGGGAUCUGGUGAAGUGUCUGGUUUUUUUGGUUGGUUAACUGAGUUUCUUGAAGGUACCCGUCGACUGGUGUCAUCGAUCUAUUUUACCAGUGGUCUGUUAUCUGUGCCGCUUGAAAUUGAAAGUCCUGAUGGUAGUCAGUCAGAUACAGCAUGUUUGGUGGCAGGAAUGCUCGGUUUUACAUUGCACGAAGAAGAAGUUCCGAUUGUUCAGCCAUUUCAAGGGUGGUCUUUAAUGCUUCCCGACAAUUCUCCAUUUCGUUUUAAAACUGCCGCUUAAAAUAUUUAGGACUAUCGAUCUAUAGGACAAAAAUAUAAGAAGUACAUAACAACAUCGUAAAAACGUUAAUCCCAGUAUAUAGGAUUCAUGUAGGAUUGUACUAUUAAUUAUUAGCUGUAUUUGUACUAUUUUAUGUGUCUGAAGGUUGGUAUAUGAUAAUAAUAGCCUUCUUAUUAAAUUGUCCAAAAUCACGAAAAAAAUCACACGGAUUUUGUCUUAAUGUCAUAUCUCCGCAAUUUUUUCCGCCUCUGUGUAUCCAUGUAACUGCAUGAUUGAAAAGUUCUUAAAUAAAGUGUUAGGCAACUUGUGUUUACUUAUAUUAUAUGCAUCAGA